AUAAAAAGAACAAGCUCCGUGUUGUCGCGAGUGUGUUAUUCUAGUUUCCCCAAAACUGUGUUGUGAUUUUAUGGUUGUGCUAUUUGUGGUUGUGCCUUUCGUGGUUGUGUAGAAUGGAGGAGACAACAACCACCACCAAACGUUGCGUCAAAGACGUCAAGUUCACCCGGACAACCACCAGCAUCGAUAAGUACACUCGAAUCUUAAGCACCGAAAGCUCCGAAGGGGAGCAGCAGACGAGUUCGGCCAGGUCCUCCCUCACCGCGACAUCUCCUUCCUUGAUCAUCGAGGAGAGAGAAGAUGUGCGCUCUGUCGGACAGAAUUCCGAACAGUUUCUGUCGGUGGCGAGCUUUGAGUUCAACGAUCUGAUGGUUGCCAGAAAUGGAUUCUCUCCCUCUGAGCGCAACGCCGACCUGGACAAUGACGUCUUUCUAGAGAAGAAAAUGGCCAAGUCAGAAGUACAACGCUGUAUGGAUUGGUUGUUUCAGACACAGACGGAAAUGGAGAGUGCUUCUUUCGGUAAAGGUAGAUUGAGUGUUCUUGAGACAUUAGCCAGACAGCAAGCCAAAGUGAAAGAUAUCAUCAACUUUCGAGACAAAGUAGAUUCGGCACUGAAAUCUGAGAAUGUGGAUGAUAAAUCUGCAAGAGAAUUGGAUGGAAACUAUAAUUCUGUAAAGGCACUUUCAGAGAAAAGGAGCUCUUGCUUAGAAGUCAUCAGUCAAAUAGCUGCAUUAGAAGAUUUAGUUCAAAAUAUAUCAACUGAGUUUGACUCUAGGGCUGUUCACUUAGUUAAUACUAGUGAUGUCACUCAACAAAAAGGUGGACCCACACAAUCAAAUGAAAGUCUUGCAAGAACAGCACAGAACUGCAUUUCAUCUGUGAGACAAAACUGGCGCUGGAUCUUCCAAGUUAUGCAAUGCGCUGAAGUUCAUUUAAGAAACGCUGCAGGCUACCAGGAGUACUUUCAAGAGAUUGAAGAAGCAGAAUAUUGGAUGAACACAACAGUUUCACGCAUUCAUCUUUCAUUUGAUAGGUCAAAACUUCUCGGCAACAGAUCAGAUGCUGAGGCUAUUUUAGAAGAAAUCAGGGAUGUUUUGGCAGCAUAUUUGCAGUGGCAAACAAAAGUGGAUUAUCUUUUUGACAAAGCCAAACAAGUGGUUCCUGUUCCAUUGAGACUGAAGCCAUUGAAUGAUCCAAAACCAGUGAUUGCUCUUACUGAUUAUAUUUCUGAUACAGUUGAUUUCAUUGAAGGAGAAACAUUAAUACUGCUAGACAACAGUGAUAAGAAGAAAUGGAAGGUUAAAACAGAGAAAGGCCAGGUUGGAUUUGUACCUGCUGUAAUAUUACUUAUACCAGCUCCUUGUGCUGAGGCCAUUGAUGCUGCUAUUAGAUUACGCCUUCAACUUCUUUCAUUGUGGACAGCUAGUGUCAAACGUCUUGGUUAUCAGAUGAUUGCUUUCAUGUUGUUGGUCUUUAGAGAUUGGACGGAGGAAGAGGUUAGUUUAUUGCAAGCUAUGGCUGCAGUUGACAAAGCUGAAUUACUCAGAAUUCUUCAGUACAUUGAAGACACUUUAAUAGAAAACUGGAAUGGUUAUGGAGAUUUCCAAGAACUCCAGGAAAGAAUUACCAGACUAAAGAUGAUCUUAGAAGAAGCAAAUGAACUAAAUGCCAAUACUGAGUCAGGUGGCAAUAACAAUUUGUCAACAAGUGUUGUAGUCCAGAUUAAACUGUUAGAAAAUUUGUUGAACAAGUACAAAGACUUCUGGACUUUCUGGGAAACAUUCAAGUGCAUUGUAGAAAUGCUGAAGAAUCCCAAAUUCUUGUUGGUGUGUGACAAAUGGGAGCAGCUGAGAUUUGUCACUUCAGCACAUUUUGUCAAAUUUUGGGACACACAACUAGAUCUGAACAGCUAUGAAUUGACCAAAAGCCAAGCCUCGUUGAUGUUGCAAGAAACUGCUAAGGAAGAGCUGAUCAGUAGUGAAGUGACAAUAGAGGAAGAGAAACAGGAGCUAACCACAGAUACAGUUUCCACAUCAUUAGAGGAGGAGCAGCAUACAUUCAUCAUCACUGGUGUCCUUGACCCAAGAGACAACAGCACAAAACUCUCUUUACAAGAAGCCAUCUCACUAGGUAUUGUCAAUGAAUCAACCAAGAGAUAUAUCAAUCCAAUAACUGGAAAGUCUAUGUCCAUGACAGAUGCUAUGAAUGAGGGGCGUGUCAUCAUGGAGUUUGUUAGUAAGAGGAAAAUCAGGGAAGAGAAAAACUCCUAUGGCCUUAUCACCAUUAAAAUCACAAAAGAAUCAAGACCUUACACUAUCACUAGUGUUGUUGACCCUCGCACAGAGGAGAAACUGACUGUGUCUCAAGCUGUCAACAAUAACAUUCUGGACACAAACAACUCCACUUACAAAACUGAAUCAGGGGAGAACAUCCCUAUUGCAGACGCCAUACAAUCAGGUCUAGUUCAUGUGACCUACCACGAAGGAGAUGAACAGCACCACAAACCAGAAGUCAUCACCAAAACCUAUGCUGUGCAUGGUGUGGUGGAUCAGAAGCAAAAAUCUAAAGUUUCAUUUGCUGAUGCUAUUAAAGCUGGACUGUUGUCACGUGACUCUGGAGAAUAUAUCAACAAUGUCACUGGGGAACACAUUGGGGUCCAUGAUGCCAUCAUGAAAGGUUUCAUCAAAGCCAGGGUCGUGACUGACCCCACCAAGCUAGAGAUCAAUCCAGAGAACCAGAUUGUUGUGGAGAAGCUGAGCAGUGCCAAAUCUAAACUCUUGCGAGGCAUGAAGGCUAUCAAAGCAUUCAAGCAAUUAGGAAUUCAGAAAUAAUGUCUGAUAUUCUAUUCUUGAUAUUUUAUAUAGACUGGUAAUACUGACAACUGCUUUGAGUUUUUAAAUUUUAUAAAUGCCGUGUUGUUAAUUUUCUAAUCUAUCAAAGAUCUGAUAUAUUUAUUUAAUAUAUCUAAUCAAUAUUUUUGUCAAGUGCAGGGGAGGUAAUGUAAUAACCACAUAGACUUUCUAUAAGGUUUGAAAAUAUGUUAGUUGCUUCUCUUACAACACAUAGUCGUCUGCUGAAAUACAUACACUUUAUGCACUGCCAUGACAUAGAAUAAUCCUAGAGGUCUCCACAAUAAAUAAACAUUGUAGAAAUGAGAUUUGCUUAAUAGGUUUUUAGGACUUCACAAGUAAAGUAGUCUUGAUCUGUGAUUUAUUCAGCGUCGUAAUCCUACACAUCUCUAAUCACCCUCUGAAAAAUAGUUGACAAGAUGAUAUAUUAGUUGCCAUUAGUGAUCAUUUUAUUUUGAAAAUCAUAUUUAAUCCUGUGAUUGAUUCAUACUGUAUAUACAAAAUUCAUCAUAUUCAAAUUUAUACUUUUCACUUUAAUACCUUUUUGGUAAUCUCAUUCAGAUAUAUAUAUAUAUAUGUUUUAUGCUUAAAAAUAAUAUUUAAAAAAACAAAAAACAUUUCAUCCAAGUUUUAUUAUUACCUCAACAAAUUUUCUUUUCUAUUUUCAUUCCAAUAAUUGUAUAACGUUUUAAAAAAUAGUAAGUCUAUAUUUAUUUAUUUAUUUUCUAAAUAAUGUUAUUGAAAAUGGAUGGCUGCCUGGUCGUGCGGUUUGUGCACUGGACUGUCGUUUGGAUUUAUCAAUGGUCCCAGGUUCAAACCCUGAUGGCUCCCAUCCCCCGUUGUCCUGCAGGAGGUUCAGACUAGGAAGUAAACUAUCCGAAACAUGUAAAACAUUUUACAAACAAACAUUUCAAACAUUUUUCAAGUUUAUUACAUUUUACUGUGAACAAAAUGUAUUUUAGAAUUUCUGGCAUUAGAAAUAAAUAAUAUAUACAUAUAUUAGGCUUCUAUCUUAAACAAAUUAAAACUAUACCUUUUUCAAACUGA